AAUCAGUGAGAGAUGAUGGCGUAUGUUUCAGAGCGGCUUCUGGCUGCUCUGGAUGAUCUAGAAACAGAACAGUUGAAGAGGUUUAAAUGGCACUUAAAGAUUCACAAGAGCCUUUCAGCUGCUGCUCUGGAGAAGGCAGACGCUCCUGACACAGUGGAUCUCCUGAUUAAGUGCUUUGGACCAGAAGAAGCUUUGAAGAUCAUGGUGGACAUCCUGCGGAAGAUGAACCAUAACUAUCUAGCUAAAGAGUUAGAGAACAAGCAAAAUCAAGUUCAGACUGAGAGCAACAUUGAGGAUCCUGUGCUUGUUGGACACGAAUCAAAACUGAGGAGAGAAAACAACAUUGUUCCAAGGAUCAGGAACGACUUCCUACAAUAUUCCCAUAAGUUCACUCUGGAUCCAAACACAGUGAAUAAACGCCUACGUCUGUCUGAGAGCAACAGAGUGGUAACACACACAGGCACAGAGCAGCUGUAUCCUGAUCAUCCAGACAGAUUUGAUGUUUGGGAGCAGGUGUUGUGUAGAGAGAGUGUGUGUGGGCGCUGUUACUGGGAGACUGAAUGGAGUGGACGUGUGUAUAUAUCAGUCUCAUAUAAGAGCAUCAACAGGAAGGGAGGUGUUGAGUGUGUGUUUGGACGUAAUGAUCAGUCCUGGAGUUUUUACUGCUCUCCCUCCACUUACUCACUCAGACACAAUAACAUAGAAACUAAUCUCCAUGUAAAGCCCAUCAGCAGGAGAAUAGGAGUGUAUGUGGAUCACAGAGCAGGAACUCUGUCCUUCUACAGCGUCUCUGACACAAUGAGCCUCAUCCACACAGUCCAGACCACAUUCACUCACCCUCUCUAUCCUGGGUUUACUGUUUAUAAAGGAUCAGUGAAACUGUGUUGAUGAAUCGCUAUAGAUUACAGUCUCUUCUUUUCUCUUAAUGACAUUAAUACUGCAGCUGAACCUCUGUCACUGAAACAACAUGUCAGAAUGAAUGUGUGUAAUAAAUCUUCAUUCUUUAUUCAUUCAUUAUUAGAAGAGUA